UUCUUUGAUGAAGAUACGAGUUGUUUUUAUUUUCUUCGAAUUUUAAGAAAUAAUCUCAUAAUUUUUACAGUAAAGUACACAUGCUAUAUACACUUUUAAAGUUUUUCUAGUUUAUUGCUCAUAUUUCCUAGAGCAUUAAACAUUAUUCUGAAGCAACUGAAAUGAAAUAAGUAUAAUGUUGAUAUUUUUAAGUCGGUUUCAUUUUAUGAUUUGAUUUUCUUUGUCAUGGAUUCAAUUUUAACAAUUAAUUGGAAAUGGGAGGACAUGUGUGGACCUGCCGGACUUCGGCCUUGGAACGACGUUAUAAAAGACUUUGGGCCAUGCUUCCAAGAGUUGUUUUUGCAGAUACCAAUAUAUUUUUUUAUAGCCACAGUUUCAGGCUACUAUGUUGGGUACCGAAAAGAUUGGGUUGUGAGAGAAAAAAUACAAGAAAGGAUUAUUGUCGUGCGAUGCUUUGUAGUGUUGGCACUUUUUUUUAUUCCAAUGGUGCAAUUGUAUAAUUUUCUUACCCAAUCGGAUAAACUUUGGUAUCCUAUCGAUUACUUUGUUACGGGUGCCGCAUCAAUAUCAUGGUUGGUUCACUUUGGGUAUGUGUUGACUCUUAAACACCGUCUUGGAUCCAGUUCAAGAGGACCCACCAUCCAGUUAGUUUUGUGGUUCAUGAUCUUUAUACUCAAUAUGAUAGCACUCAGAAGCAACAUCUUGGCAGGUGCUUCUCUGACUUACAAUAUUGCAACAUUGUGCUGUCAUGUACUCUACCUACUCACUCUCGUCCCAACUAGUGAGUCAAGACCCACAUUUUAUUCACCAUGUCUUGUUGGUUCACAACAUUCACAUAGUGAAUAUACUCCACUGCUCCCACACAUGGAUGAUGGAGUUUUAGGUACUGCUAUGCAAGGAUCAGGCUGUUGCUCUAAAUUAACACUAUCUUGGGUCAAUCCUUUACUCGAUAAAGGCUUAGAGAAUAAAUUGAAUGACCCUGAAGAGCUUUUUGAUAUUCCCGGAAAGUACCGUUGUUCAUAUGUAGGGGCAAGGAUGGACAGAGCACUCAUAGGCAAUGUGGACCUUUAUCAAUACACUGAUAUACCUCAUGAGCCUUUUAUAGCAUCUGGUUAUGGUUCUGUUGAUCAGUCUGUUCCUCAAUCUUCUACACCAGUGACACCAACUUCUCGAGUACCAGUCCGUCGACAAAAGCGACAAAAUGUAACACUAUUAAGAGCACUACACACUUGUUUUGCGUUACAAUUCUACAGUAUUGGUAUUUUGAAAUUGUGUUCUGAUAUGGCUGGUUUUGCUGGACCUAUAUUGUUGAAUAAAUUGAUAGCUUAUGUUCAGGAUGAAAGUAUAGAUGAACAUUUGGGGUACUCAUAUGCUGCUGGUCUUUUGAUAGCAACAAUUAUAGCUGCCUUAUUUGAUGUACAUUUUAGUUGGUUUAUGUCUAUAAUUGGACUUAAAAUGCGUGGUGCUAUAGUCUCAACAAUACUGAGGAAAACUCUCAGUGUUACAUCCACUGAACUCACAAAAUCAUUUUCAGUGGGUGAAAUAACAAAUUUCAUGUCUACAGAUACAGACAGAAUCGUAAAUUCAUGUCCGAGCUUUCAUGCAUUAUGGAGUAUACCUCUUCAGCUUUUCAUCACUUUAUUUCUUCUGUACCAACAAGUAGGCAUAUCUUUUUUAGCCGGAGUUGCAUUCUCUGUUAUUCUUAUUCCUAUAAACAAAGUAAUUGCUAAUAAAAUAGGUCAGCUCAGUACUGAGAUGAUGAAGUUCAAAGAUGUUCGGGUUAGUCUAAUAAAUGACAUGUUAAAAGGAAUUCGAACAAUAAAACUCCAUGUCUGGGAAGAUUAUUUUGUAAGAAGAGUUACUGAGGUACGCGCUAAGGAGCUGAAAUAUCUUCGUGGACGGAAAUACCUAGACGCUAUUUGUGUAGUGUUAUGGGCAACAACUCCUGUAUUGGUGGCAGCUCUUACACUUGGCACCCAUGCUUUAAGACGUCAACCUCUGGAUGCACCUACAGUUUUCACAACAGUUGCAUUGAUCAAUAUGUUGAUUGCACCCCUGAAUGCCUUCCCCUGGGUGCUAAACGGACUAACAGAAGCAUGGGUGUCUAUUAAGCGGAUACAAAAACUUUUGGAUCUUCCAGAUAGUGACUCUGAAGAAUAUUAUGAUAGAGUAAACACUAACAGAGAUGAAGAUAAGAUUGUUAUAUUUAAAAAUGCAUCGUUUUCCUGGGCAACAGCGUCACAAAGAAAGAGACCUGUUAAAAAAGAUAGAAAGAACAAAGGGAAAUCUAAGAAGCGUUUGUCAAAAAUGAAUGUUCAAAGGCGCGAUUCGACGUCUUCUUCGGAAACGGCAGCUUUAGACGGUCCCUUUACGUUGAAGGAUAUUACUUUUGAAAUCGGCAGAGAGGAACUUAUCGGUGUAACAGGCAACGUCGGCAGUGGCAAGACUUCUCUUUUACUCGCUAUCAUUGGCGAAAUGUUAAAAAAGGGUGGUGAUAUACAGAUACCCGAUAACCUUAAUGGAUUCGGUUAUGUACCUCAGAAGCCAUGGUUAGUGCGCGGUACCAUUCGCGAUAAUAUUCUGUUUGGGAAACCUUACGAUGAAAGCAAGUUUCGGACAAUUGUCGAUGCUUGUGCACUAACGGAGGAUCUAAACAUUUUGGGAUGGAAUGCUUACGUCGGAGAAGGCGGUUGUACGUUGAGCGGUGGUCAGCGCGCCAGGAUAUCUCUGGCGAGGGCAGUUUAUCAAGAAAAACAAGUGUACUUGUUGGACGAUGUGCUAUCGGGGUUGGAUGGCGUGGUGGCGCAGCACGUGAUGCAGCGCUGCGUCCUGGGACUGUUGCGUCGCACCACUCGUGUUCUAGUAACACAUUCACACCGGCACCUCGCCAAGACCAACUAUGUAUUACUUAUGCACGACGGACAGAUCGCUAGGCAAGGUCCCCCUGAGGUAGUACUUAAUAAUUUGGAAGAAUUUAUGCUGAGCGAAACAGAGUCUAUAGGAGAGGAGCUGCCGCGUCCUAUCCCACCGCCAACAGAUACGGAAGAUAACGUCAGCAGAGACAGUUUAGAUGAAGAGGAAUCAAUGUCAAAGGGCACUGUUGAUUGGUGGGUGAUAGGAAUGUAUCUCCGCUCGAUUGGCGCUUUCCUGUCUGUCAUUAUCUUAAUGUCUCUGAUAUUAAUGCAAGUCUCGCAGAACUUCACUUUCGUUUGGCUCACUUUCUGGGUCAAGAGUGAAGCACCCCGCAAUUCUACGAACCUCACUAAUACUCGAUUGAAUGACGUUCCUCAUGAAAAUACUACGAUAUUAGAUCACGGUGUUUUGUCAAUUGACAAUAUCGUCCAUAAGUUGAUUAACACGACGCUGACUUUAGUGAACAACUUUUAUGGAAACAAAACAUAUGUCAACAAUUCCACUGAAGUACCUCUGCCGCAAGUAAUAGAACAAGAAGACGUCCAACUGCCAAUAUAUACAAACAACUUUUACCUAGAGAUGUAUUUUGCACUAGCCGGAUUGAACUUAGUAUUCACUAUUAUGAGAGCAUUCCUAUUCGCAUAUGGUGGUGUGAAAGCUGCUACAAGAAUACACAGAUUGUUACUAAAAUCUAUAAUUAAGGCGAAAGUGAAAUUUUUUGAUGUAACACCAUUGGGACGCAUCCUUAAUAGAUUUUCAUCAGAUACAUACACAGUGGAUGAUUCGUUACCGUUUAUACUUAAUAUACUUCUCGCUCAAUUUUUCUCGCUUAUCGGUGCCGUGGCAGUGACCGUGUAUGGGUUACCGUGGUUAUUGGCUGCCGUGUUGCCGUUGACCGUGAUAUAUUAUAGACUGCAGCGACGGUACCGCACCACCUCGAGGCAACUUAGACGAUUGCAGAGCGUUACACUGUCUCCCGUCUACACUCACUUUAGCGAUACUCUUGAUGGGUUAACAACGAUCCGGGCGAUGGGUGCGAACUCUCGCUGGUCGGAUAUAGGCGACGAGUACGUGGAGGCGUGGCAGAGGGCAGCGCUGUGCUCAGCGGCGGCGAGCCAGUGGUUAGCGCUGCGACUUCAGGCGAGCUCGGGCUGCGUUGUGGCCGUCGCUGCGUUAUUAGCGGUGUUACAACGAACUGUACAUGCUGCAGAUCCAGGUCUGGUGGGCCUCGCUAUAUCUUACGCGUUGUCGAUGACGUCAAUGCUGAGUAACGUCCUCAAUUCAUUCACUGAAACUGAACGGGAGAUGAUUGCCGUCGAACGAGUCGGAGAAUACAUCAAACAGGUUGAAUGUGAAGAUAUAAACGGUGAAGCUCCACCGUAUGGAUGGCCUUUGCAAGGCGUAAUUGAAUUCGAACACGUCACUCUUAAAUAUAGUGGUCGCCAAAGCGGGACGCUAGCAUUGAGUGACGUCACUUUCUCAACUUGGCCGAGCGAGAAGUUAGGAGUGGUGGGCAGAACGGGAGCCGGCAAGAGCUCUCUAUUACAUGCACUACUACGGCUGUCUCAUAUUGACAGUGGUCGGAUACUAGUGGACGGUGUAGACGUACGAUCGCUGAGUUUACAAGCACUCAGAUCGCGUAUCGGUGUAAUACCACAAGAGCCGUUCAUAUUCUCUGGGAGCAUACGCGAGAACGUGGACCCGUUAGACAUGUACUUGGGCGAGGAGGUAUGGCGCGCGCUGGAACUGUGCGGGGCCCGGCCCCUGGUGGAGGCGCGCGGGGGACUCGGGGCCCCGGCCACGGACCUGUCGCGGGGCCACGCGCAGCUGCUGUGCCUCACGCGCGCCCUGCUGCAGCGGCCUAAGAUCUUACUAGUCGACGAGGCGACAGCGAAUCUCGACCAGGAAACCGAGCGUCUGAUAUUGAACACAAUCCGUAGCUCAUUCGGCGGUUCGACCGUAGUGUACGUGGCACAUAGGACUGCGGGCGUGCUCGAGUGCAGCCGCGUGCUAGUGAUGGGCGGCGGGCGGGCGUUGGAACUGCGCUCGCCGGACGACGCGCUCGCUGAUGCCACGUCGCAUCUCUACGCGCUACUCUAUGGAUCGUGAGCAAAUUGACAUCUCUUAACAAAAGUUUGGCAGUAUGGCUAAGUUCCUUCGCCUGUCAUGGAAGAAACGACUACAUACAAUUAUUAAAAAGUAGCAAUAAAUUAUUGGCACUCGAGUAAACGUGACCGAAAGA